UUCUCGCAGUCCUUUCAUUAACUUUAUAGAUGUCAAUAUCUUUUGUUUUCUACAAUAUCUGUUUCCAUGCUAUACUUAUUCUUAAUAACAGGGUCGGCUACGAGCGAUUGACGUCCACUGUCUUCAGAGAACAUUAAAGGAAUAAUAAAACAAUAUAGAACCUGUACAUCAAAUCAUUUAUUCUUCAGCCUGAGCUGCUGGUGGUAUGGAUUACGAUAGGACGUUAUACUUGACAUCGGAGGCCUUUAAGUUUUCCGGUAUAGAGAUGGGCUAUAAAAGGAUACCAGGAUAUUUGAAAUACCUAUAUCAUUUUAACGCGUUGUGGCUGUAUGCGGAUGUUUUUGGGGAGUUCUUCUGGCUGUGCGAGGGUAUAGCCAUGGGGAAGAGUAUAGACUUACUGUCUAGGGUCGCGCCAUGCUCAGCGCUGUGCAUCUUGAGCACAGCGAAAACAUUACCGAUGGUUACAAAUAACGAUAUAUUGAAAGACGCUGUCUUAAAAUUAAGAAGACUCCAUCAGGGUGUGGAUUUAAGGAAUAGUUUUGAAUGUGAUGAAUUGAUGAAGACGAGCGCCAUCCUGAAGAAUAUUAUCACGGUGCUGGUUGUAGGGUUCGUGUGUGCGGUGGUGUUGUUCACGUCGAUGCCAGGUUUCCUAAUGGCGUAUGACUUCUUCACCACCGGCACCUACCAGCUACAGCUGCCGUUCUUCACUAAGUAUUUCGUCGACGUGUUCGCUGAUGCUAGGAUCUAUACUUUCGUGUAUCUCCAUCAGUUUGUGUCGACGGUCCUGGUAGGUCUGAACAUAUUCGCUGCCGAUACAUUAUUCUUCGCGUUCUGCUCGUACGUGAAGAUGCAUUUCAGGAUCCUUGGUCAUUAUUAUGAGAACAUCGUGGGACAGAGCGAGGGUGAGACGAGGAACAACUUGAGGAGAUGUGUAAGGACACAUCAGGUGCUCAUAAAAUUAGUGAACCAGAUCAACAUACUGUACUCCAAGUCGACGCUCGUCAACAUCAUGACGAGUUCUUUUAUAAUCUGCCUGUGCGGUUUUAAUAUAACGAUAACAAAGAGUAAGGACAUGAGCACAUAUCUGCUGUUCAUACCGUUCCUGAUGAACAGUCUCACCGAGAUAUUCCUGAUGUGCUUCUUCGGAGACCAGAUGAUAGAUUCAAGUUAUAAUAUAACUCAAGCCGUGUACAGCAGCCGCUGGUACGAUGCCGGCGAGGACCUCAAGAGGAGCGUCUUGUUAAUACUAUUCAGAUCUCAGCAGUCCUGUAAGAUAACAGCAGCCAACUUCUCUGAUCUGCAUCUUCGAUCUUUUACCACGAUUUUAAGUCGUUCCUGGUCUUACUUCGCUUUGCUAAGAACAAUGUACGAUUAGUUUAAUAUUAACUUAAAUAACCACUCGAA